UCUCCUCAGAUUUUUCCACUUUCAGGUGUCAGAGUUGUGCAGAGAUGGCUGUCACUGUCUACUUCAGCAGUACCAGUGCCUCCAGAGAGCUUAAACAGCACCAGACUGAGAUCUUCCAGUACCUGGAUGCUAACAAGAUUCAGUACAAAGCUGUCGACAUCACUCAGGGCAGUGAAGUGAAGGAGGAGAUGAGGAAGAAGUCGGGAAAUCCCAGUGCCAUGCCACCUCAGGUCUUCAAUGGAGACGUUUACUGUGGCGACUAUGACAAGUUCUUUGAAGCAGUGGAGCUAGGGAAGGCUGAAGAAUUUUUUAAGCUGUAGUACAGUUUCUUCAUAGCUGUUGUACAGCUUCUGAACUUGCUUGACAGCAUCUUAUGUGCAACUGAAUGAUAAUGUUUAUUCAUUUAUUCAAAAUAAGUUUUUAUUUGGCACACCUAAAUAAAG